AUGGGAGAGGAAGUGAGUAUGAGCGAUUUCGAGGUUUCCGGCGACGGAGAGAGAGUUCUGGAAUGGGAGAUGGGGCUACCUAACGACGAAGAUUUGGCAUCGCUUUCUUACUCUCUGAUUCCUCCGAAUCUUGCGAUGGCGUUUAGCAUCACACCAGAGCGGAGCCGUUCGAUCCAGGAUGUGAAUCGCGCAUCGGAGACCACUCUCUCGUCGCUGCGCGGCGGAUCUUCCGGUCCCAACACCUCCUCCUCCAACAACAACAGCAACAGUUUCAAAACCGGCGUCGCGGCGGAGGAGGAAGAUCGGGUCGGAUCGAGCAGUCCCGGAUCCGAUUCGAAGAAACAGAAGACAUCGGACGGUGGUGGCGGAAUGGAUCUCUCCACGGCGGAUGCUGCCGCUACGGAAGAAGGAGAUUCGGGAACUGAAGAUCCUACUGGGAAGACACUGAAACGACCGCGUUUAGUGUGGACGCCGCAGCUGCACAAGAGAUUCGUCGACGUGGUGGCUCACUUGGGGAUCAAAAACGCCGUCCCGAAGACGAUUAUGCAGCUGAUGAACGUCGAAGGACUGACUCGAGAGAACGUAGCGUCUCACCUGCAGAAAUACAGGCUGUACCUCAAGCGGAUGCAGGGAUUGACGACGGAAGGUCCGUCUUCUUCUGAUAAGCUCUUCUCUUCAACGCCUGUGCCUCCACAGAGCUUCCAAGACAUCGGAGGGCAAGGGAGUGGAUCGGCCGGACACGUGGGAGUGCAGAUUCCGGUGCCGUACGGAGCGUCGCCGAUGAUGCAGAUGCCGGUCUAUGCGCAUCAUAUGGGUAUGCAAGGAUAUCAUCACCAGAAUCACGGUCAUGAUCCUUAUCAUCAGAACCAUCACCAUCAUCAUGGGAGUGGUGGAUCUGGAGCGUUUGAAUCAAAUCCUUAUAUGAUGCAGCAGAAUAAGUUCGGAUCCAUGGCGUCGUAUCCUUCUGUUGGCGGUGGUAGCGCGAAUGAGAAUUGA